ACAAUUCAUUGCCCAAAAUUUUUAGUGUAUGACUGCUUAAGUUGUGCACAAAACAAAACUUAGAUGUCAGCAUUGCUUGCUGGUGAUAUUCAAAAAGGUAGUUUGGAUGGAGAGAGAAGCCACGAGGUAUUAGAAAAAUUUAUCAAGGUACUACAAGGUACAAGGUAGAUUUCACAAGUGAAAUUGAGUUUGUAACUCACUGCUUCCACGUAGCAGACAAUAUACAUUAAUAUAUUUGUUUUUCACAAAUAUAUCCAUGGAUUAAAACCAUAAUGCGCUACAUACACAAGUAAACCAGAGACGAACAUAAACAGAGUCGCGUCUAAUUGUCAUCGACCCAGCGACUUUUGGUUAUGUCAUCAAAACGCGCCGUACAGACAGCUCUUUAAGCGUGACAGGGUUUGACUGCAGUCUCCAAAAAUGUCCCGUCGAUAUGAUUCACGAACAACCAUUUUCUCACCAGAGGGGCGUCUGUAUCAGGUCGAGUAUGCCAUGGAAGCCAUCGGCCACGCUGGCACCUGCCUGGGAAUUUUAGCCAAUGACGGAGUGCUGCUGGCUGCUGAGCGGAGGAACAUUCACAAGCUGCUGGAUGAAGUGUUUUUCUCAGAGAAAAUCUACAAGCUGAAUGAAGACAUGGCGUGCAGCGUGGCAGGAAUCACAUCAGAUGCCAACGUACUGACCAAUGAGCUGAGGCUCAUAGCCCAGAGGUAUCUGUUGCAGUACCAGGAGCCAAUCCCCUGCGAGCAGCUGGUCACAGCGUUGUGUGACAUCAAACAGGCCUACACCCAGUUUGGAGGUAAGCGCCCCUUUGGAGUCUCGCUGCUCUACAUGGGCUGGGAUAAACACUACGGCUUCCAGCUCUACCAGAGCGACCCCAGUGGGAACUACGGAGGCUGGAAGGCCACUUGCAUCGGAAACAACAGUGCUGCAGCUGUCUCCAUGCUGAAGCAGGACUUCAAGGAGGGAGAGAUGACACUUUCCUCAGCGCUUGCUCUUGCCAUUAAAGUUCUUAAUAAAACCAUGGACGUCAGCAAGCUGUCUGCAGAGAAAGUGGAGAUCGCCACUCUGACCCGCGAGAACGGGAAGACCUGCAUCAAAGUGCUGAAGCUGAAGGAAGUCGAGGAGCUGAUCAAGAAGCACGAAGUGGAGGAGGCCAAAGCUGAGAAAGACAAGAAAGACAAGGAACAGAAGGAGAAGGACAAGUAGUGUCGCUGCCCCACAACGUUUCAGAGUUUUGUGUGUGUGAGGAAAAAUGUGAGCUUGUGAGUGUGGAUGUAAAAGUCUUCAGGUGUGUUUCAUUUGUGCUGUUUGUUAAAAUAAAUCCAAAUGAUGAAU